GUACUAUGAUGAGAUCUUGACAAGCAAUAGUUGAGGGUCUCCGUCUCUCUUUGCUGGCCUGGCUAUGAAAUGAUGACCGUCACCACAACUUCAAGUCCGCCUUCUCCCUCAUUGCUAUCUUUUUCAUGUUCUACAGAACACAAAUUCUUCCCCCUUUCAGUUUCUUUCCACUCAAGAGCUCGCCUUUCCCGCAAACCAGUCUUGAUUUCUAUCACCACUUCUAACCACAAGUUCCCCAAAUCAAUUUUUUGCAUCUUCAAUUCAAUCAACAAAGUCUCUUCUGUAGAUGAUGCUCCCAAAACGAAUCCAUCCCUGUUUGAGGUCAAAACCAGUUUAUGGAAGUGGAGAGGUUACUCGAUCCGCUAUCAGUAUGCCGGCAGCAUUGGUCCAGCACUGGUUUUACUUCAUGGUUUUGGAGCAAACAGGUCAAGAAUGCUUCUAGUAAACUAUUUGAUAUAGUGACCAUUGGAGAAAAAACCUUCCCGUCCUGGCACAAGCACACCGAGUGUUCGCGAUUGAUCUUAUUGGUUAUGGUUACUCGGACAAACCAGAUCCGCUCGAAUUUGUAGAUCCAUUCUACACCUUUGAGACAUGGGCUAGCCAGCUUAAUGAUUUUUGCAACGCUGUUGUCAGAGACAAAGCUUUCUUUAUCUGCAAUUCCAUUGGAGGAAUUGUUGGCCUUCAGGCUGCAGUCAAGGAACCUCAAAUAUGCAACGGCAUUUUUCUUUUAAAUAUCUCUCUUCGUAUGCUACACAUAAAAAAGCAACCUUGGUAUGGAAUGCCUUUCAUUAGAUCAUUUCAAAGCUUGCUGAGGUAAUUUUUCUUUUAGAGUUACACUCACUUUCCCCUUUUUGGCUACAGUCUACUGCAUUUAAUAGACUGAAACGCCUUCCUUUUAAAAGAAAUGAAACACCUAAAUAAUCCAGAAAAUCCCAAUUUUAUUUAAUCAGGCAUAAAAUAAUUUAAGUUUCCUUUCAUUUUAGUCCGAACAAUCCAAAAAUAACCUUUCAUUUUCACUCUCAAAUGUACAAACAUUCCCAAGAGAAAGUUAGCCAAAGACCAACACUAUCUACAAGAUCAAACAACAGCUACAAGAACCAGCCAAAUAACUACAAUAAGCUGCCAAACUGCUAUAGACCAGGAGGACAAAAUAUUCAUGAAAUUUUUGAGUUCAAAUAAGUACCAACAUGGUACUUCAUACAGUAAACCGCUUACUCAAAUGUAAGGGAGUUCAUGUGCAGGGACAAGUAUCUGAUUUUCCAAAUAUAAUACACACCAGCAGCAAAAAUCGCAAUUAACUUCCAUCUCUUCUUCAUUGGAACGAUACCCUGAAGUUGCUCGAAUAUUUCAAUGAUACUGCCUCCCUCAAAAUGGUAUUGACUCCAAGCAUAGACUCUCCUAUACAGCUCCUUAGUAUAAGGGCAGGUGCAGAAAAGAUGAUUUGAGUCUUCCACAGCAUUUUGGCAUAACGAGCAUUGAGUAUCAGUUGGAAGCCAUUUGCUCAAUCUGCUUUUGGUCUGAAUUUUGUUUCUACAAAUAAGCCAGAGAAUGAAUUUAUGUUUAGGAAUGGAAUAUUUAUUCCAAACCAUAUCUGACCAUUGAACCUUCUGCAUAUGCCCCAAAAGCCAUUGAUACCCUAUUUUUGGGGUAUAGGGAAUAGAUCUAUCCAUAUUCACAAAGGAAUCUCUAGUCUGUAGGAUCUUCUUCCAGUAAAAGCAGGCAUCACUUUUAUUUUUUCUCAAUCUUUCAGCAUGUCCGCUUUUCUGUCUCCCAUUCCUUGGCCCUAAUUGGUACCUUGCCAAAGUGAAAAUAAUCACAUUUAGGCUUAAGAGAGUCUUUCUGCUGUGCAAAAUCAAGUUUGGAAUGAGGCUUCAAUGAAAUGGCUUGCACAUGUAAUCAGUUAUCUACUAUGUAGUACACCUCUCUUUUUCUUUGAUGACAUUCCAUUUCCCAAGUGCAGUGAACUUAGAUUGAAUAGCUUAAUUAGACCAAUAUCCGCGUGUGACUUAGACCCAAUCACAAAAUUCAAAUAAACAAUGCCUUAAAAAAUAAAUGCUACCUGUUUUAUGUGUUUUGGUUUUAAAUAAAUUUCUUGUCUUAUA